UUUGAUUUUUAUUUAAUAUACAUAUAAGAAUUCCAUUCAAUGGAAAAUUGGGGUGAAAAUAUUUUUUUUACAGUUUAUUUACUAAAUAAAUAAGAAUUUGACAAAUGAUGAGCUCAUCUUUAGAUUUAAGUGACGAACAAUAUUUGAGCUGUCAUCUUUUACAUUUAUCUAUAAAAAUCGAAACAUUACUUAAAAGUAAGAGAGGUCAAAGUGAAAAUCUGCCACAAAAAAAUAGUUGAAAACGGAAUAAAACAUUAGAUUUUACACAUUUUAAAAAGAUAAAUAAAAUUGAAUAAGGCCGGUUAACAUUCUAAUGAAAUUCUAUUACAAUUGAGAAACAAACCUAAUUUAAAUUAUGAUAACAUGGUCGACGAGACGAAAUGUUCGCAUACUCUUGGUAGGAGAUGCAGGUGUAGGAAAGACAAGCCUAAUACUGAGUUUAGUAAGUGAAGAGUUUCCUCCAGAUGUUCCGGCAAAAGCAGAGGAAAUUACGAUUCCGGCUGAUGUCACACCUGAAAAAGUGCCAACUAAUAUAGUUGAUUUUUGCUCUUCAGACAUUGAUGAUGCUGAGAGUGGUAACUUACAACUUGAAAUGCAGAAAUCCGAUGUUAUCUGCAUUGUUUAUGCCGUUGAUAAUGAGCACACACUUGAGCGUAUUACUUCAUAUUGGCUUCCGCUUAUCAGAGAUUAUAAUUCUACUGAUUUAAAAAAGCCAAUAGUCUUAGUUGGCAAUAAAGUAGAUUUAGUAGAUUAUAGUACAAUAGAUAUGUUAUUGUCUAUAAUGGAGGAUUUUCCCGAAGUGGAAAGCUGUGUUGAGUGUUCCGCCAAAACAUUGCAUAAUAUUUCUGAGAUGUUUUAUUAUGCUCAAAAAGCAGUUUUACAUCCAACUGGACCCCUUUAUAUAAUGGAAAACCAAUAUUUGACGAAAAAUGCAGAAAUAGCUUUAACAAAAAUUUUUAAGAUACUUGAUUUAGAUGGCGAUGGAUUACUGAGUGAUUUUGAAUUGAAUCAUUUUCAAAGAAGAUGUUUUAAUUUGCCGUUACAACCACAAAUUUUAGAUGAAGUUAAAGUACUAUUAAUGAAAAACCUUCCAGAUGGAAUAUUAAAUGAUAAUGUCACAUUAAAAGGAUUUCUCUAUUUACAUUGCCUUUUUAUUCAAAGAGGCCGUCCUGAAACAACAUGGAUGGUUUUAAGACGUUUUGGAUACGAUGAAAACCUCCAAAUAAGUAAAGAAUUUUUGAAUCCGCCAAUGAAAAUCCCUCCUGGGAGUAGCACUGAGCUCUCACACCGUGGUUUUCAAUUUUUGACAUUACUUUUUGAAAAGGGAGACCUUGACCGAGACGGCGCUUUAUCUCCAGAGGAGUUUUCCAGACUAUUUAGCGCCUGUCCAACCCCUCCUUUUUCUACUGAUAUCAAACGUACUGUGGAAACUAAUAGCAACGGAUGGCCGACGUUGCACGGGUGGAUUUGUCGGUGGUCUUUAAUGGCGUAUACUGAAGUUAAUAAAACCUUAGAAUAUUUAGCAUACUUGGGAUUCACUAUUCAUGAAAAUGAGUCUCAAACUACUGCUAUUCAUGUUACUCGAGAAAAACGAUUAGAUUUGGCAAAACGACAGAGCAGUAGAUCUGUUUAUAUUUGCCACGUAAUAGGAUCUAAGAAUGCUGGCAAAACUACUCUUUGUCGAGGGCUGAUAUUCGCUGAUAUGAAAAAUAUAACAUUAAAGGAUUUGAGAGGAAGCAAUAAAUAUUGUAUAAAUACGGUUCAAGUUUAUGGGCAAGAAAAAUUUUUAAUCAUGCGUGACAUUAAAUCUGAAGAUCCUUUACAACCGAGUGAAAUAAAUUGCGAUGUCGUAUGUCUUGUAUAUGAUGUUAAUGACGCUAAAUCAUUUGAAUAUGUAGCAAAAACGUAUAUAAAAUAUUAUGCAGAAAGUAAAAUUCCAGUUCUGAUUGUCGGUAAUAAAUCGGAUAUGCCAAAAGUUCGACAAGACUAUUUGUUGCAACCAACAGAAUUUUCCGAAAAAUAUAAAAUCUUGUCUCCGGAAUUCUUCACAGUAAAACAAAAUAAUAAAGAACUCUAUACAAAACUUGCUACAAUGGCAGCAUUUCCCAGAUACCAAGCUGCUUGGAUUUUGUUUUACAAACAUCGUCUUGUUCAACUAUGGGAAACAGCUCAUAUUAAUCAUUUUGGACUGAUUCCUGACGACACACUCUUAUGGUUAUCGAAAGCAGGGCUUGGAUUAGCAGUUAUUACAUUUGCUGGUUUUCUAUUAAUGAAAGUUAUUCAACCAACACCUGCUCGACUUACAAGAUAAAUAUCAUAGCAUCUUCUGAAUGUAACAAUUAAAUAAAAUACAUGAAUAAAAAUCAAGAUAGA